CGCGCAUUUGGAGCCAUUCCGCUUCACCUGGGCUGCAAAAUGGGUCGUUACGGUGAUCGUGAUCGCCGCGACGACCGGCGCGACCACCGCUCCAGCGGUGGUGGCGAGCGCCGGCACGAGGAUCGACGACGGUCAAGGUCUCGGAGCCGCGGCCGGCGGCGCGGCCGCAGCCGGUCAAGGUCAAGGAGCUAUGAUCGACGGAGACGAAGAGAUCACGGCGCGACGACGUGCCUGGCUCAUUAAUUUGUUUUCUCGCUCGCCCGCGAGUCUUUCGUUCCCAUAGGAGGCGGCGGACGCAACAACAACGACAGACGAGGGAGAGACCGCGGACGGCGGCGCGGACCACCGCCACCGCCGAAGCCCGCGACUGCAUCAAUGGCUCGUGCGCCCGCCGCGUCAUUUUUUAGUAGCUCUCGUCGGCUGACGCCGUCCGACGCAGGCGCACGCGCAAGGCUGCUGGGCGGGGAAAUUGCAAUGGAUGGCGGGCAGCUUCAGGUGUUCGAUAAUAGGUGCGUCGCGCAUAUUUCCGCCGCGCUUUACGGCAGUUCGCAGGAGGCCGCCGUCGCCGCCGCCGCAAUUCGUGGGACCCGACAUGUCGAACGAGCCGGUCGCGCCGGGGCUCGAGCCGCCACCGCCGCCGCCCGCCGCGCCGCCGCCGCCGUCCCGCGAGGAGCAGGUCGAGCGCGUUUGUCUGCGUUGUAGACCGCUCUUCUGCUUUGACGAAUCGCCGCGCAGGCUCGCCACGUCCGCGGCAAAGCUCACGCUGACGCGCGUCGACGCGCUGCUCGCCGAGCUCUACGGCGUCCCAGACUUUGCCGCGUUCGCGAAAAGCGAGGACGUGAGUAAACAACAAUAGGACCU